UGAUGGGGAGNNNGAACCCGGCGAGGUCCCAGCGGGGCCGAGGAGGGAGUCGCCGAUGGGGAGGAGGCGGCGAUGGCCAAGAUCUGGGGAGUUGAGGGACCCCCGUCCUUGAGGGGUCAGCGGUCUUCGCCGGCGGUCUUCACCCACAGUUCUGUGCGACCGUCGCGUGUGAUAUCUACAAGCCCUUAAGAGCUUCCGAGGCAAAGAAAAGGCCAGCCAUUAACUUCAUGGGAAGAGUGCAAAAAGACAUUAAUGGCAGCAUGCGUGCGAUUCUUAUUGAUUGGCUUGUCUAUUUGCCUAUGUCACCUUCUUUUGUUUCCUCUUUUUGGGAGAAAAUAUAGAUGCUUGAACUUGGGCGGGGUCUGGAACAAUUACUGUGUGCUUCUAGAAGAGGCAUCAACUGCAAGGUCUAGUGUUUUUCUAUUGAGGCCACUGUUUGCAUAUGGUUCGUCCACAUCAUGGUGGGGCAAGUUCACAUCUUGGCGUGGCGCUUUUGGAUCAGGAUGUGGCCGGUAUACGUCCCAAUUUGGCUCAGAACCUGGAUCUUCAUCUCACUUGAUAUCAAACAUCAAAACAAGAUGAAGAAUAAACGUUGUAUGAAGAUUGGUACUAUGAGUUUCGUCAUACCAAAUAUGGACUCACGGAUUGCGAAAUACUUCAACCUUUUCAACCUUUUGUUGGAUGUCUAUGAAAAUAUCAUUCAAAUGAACCCUAGGUCAUCGUAUUUUCAAAGAUAUCCAACACAAGCUUGAAGUAUUCCCCCUGUGAGUCCAGUAUUUGUAUGAAGAAACUCAUAGUACGACUCAUCUUCCUACAACUUAGAUUCAUCAAGGUUAGUUUGAUGUCUGCAGAUGUUAUUCCAUAUAAAUACUACCAUACAAAUACUAUUAAAAUAAUGAUAUAUAUUAAAAGAAUGAUAUAUAUAUAUAUAUAUAUAAACUUUUUGCAAACAAAAUACUACUAGAAGGAAUAAAUUGACUUAAAUAUUUUUUUUUAAAAAAUACCUAUUUUUUAUUUGUUGCAUAUUUAAUCAGUUGCUUGUUAGCUUGUUGAGAAAUGAUGUAAGAUCAUUAUCCUCUACAUGAAGCUUAACUUGCGCUAAAACUUGAUUUCAUCUUAAGGUAUGACCAACGAACCUUAAUGUCUCAGGAUUUGAGCCGAACUCAAUUGUGGAACGUAUGCGCCUAACUAGUGACUAAAAAUGUCACCGUUUUGGGUGAUUUUUGGGGGUAGAAUUGUCACUAUAGUAGGACACUUUUUAUUUUCUGGCUCUUUGCACGUCUCCCUUCUUCAUCAAUAACCGAAAAAGGACGCCUUUUUCCUCCGCGUCUUCCCGAAAAGACGAGAGAAGAGCACUCAUUCUUCUUCAUUUUCCAUAUCUUGGCUCGGCUUUGAGCUGUCGCCUGACGCACCUACCCUCACCAUAUGGUCCGUCACUCUGGCCUCUGAGCCGACUGACGAGUGCCAGCGAGCGGCUAGUGUUCGAGCUGAGUCAUGCGGAUUGGAUGAGACGUACUGACCACCGAGGACAUGUGCACCAGCUAUUUCAGAAGACUUUUCGUAAACUUGCGUAUGGAAUUUAAUGGUCAUAAAGGGAAAAACAAUGGGAAAAACUUGAAUCUUCAGCCAAGCACACACACGCACACACACAUUUUUGGUGUAUGAAAAAUAAGUUGGUUUUUCAUAUGUUGUUUCAGGAUUCUAGCUGCAUGUGGCUUUUCUAACAUACCAGGUGAACUGGGAACCUACCGGGACCCAAAUUUCUGUUUUGCUGAGGAUGAGAGAAAUGGUUGGUGGUGAGGGAUUUCCGACAGAAGAUCUGAGUGAGAUGCUGAUUAUAGCUUGCAGAAUAUGGAGGUUGGAUUUGGUUGCCCCAUCGUAUUCUUGGAAUGAACUCGUUACCCUGAGAACUAAAUAUUGUGAUUUGAUUGCAAAUUCGCAACUUUCCCUUACGUUUCUUCCAUAUUGUUUGGUCUUCAAUAGGUCUAUACAAAUAAUAUUAAGAUAUCCUCCCACGAUGGCUUUGACUGGAGAGGAGAAGCAGCUACUCUGGAAAUUUCGAUCUGAGAAAAGGGCACUUCCCAAAUUUUUGCGCUGUGUUAAAUGGAGUGAUGAUGUCCAGGAAGUGAAGCAGGCAUUGGAACUCAUGGGAAAGUGGGUGACAAUUGAUGUCUGUGAUGCAUUAGAGCUUCUAUCCCCAUACAGAGAAAAUCAUAUCCCCGCAGUCUUUUCCUUUUUCCAUGUUUUCUCUCGAUCGCGUUUGAGCAAGAACAGAGAAAAUCCUUUGCCUUCAUCGUCCCUCAACCUCGCCAUCCGUCGCGGCGACCAACUGCUCCAUCUCCGGCGAUUCCAGCAGCAACGCCGUGAACCAGUCCCGUCACGCAGCAACCCCUCCUCUGCGGCGACCCUCCGCCGCGAAGCCACCGCAAGCAGAGCCAUCCCCGACCCCGGCCACCUUCUCGCGACGAGCUCUCUCCUCUCCGAGCCUGUGAUUUCCGACCGUUGUGACGAGCAGCUUCGUCAGACCUUCCAGCUGUUCUCAAUUCCGGCGAGCCCUCCGCCAUCGCAGCAGCCCUCCUUUGCUGCGGACAGCCACCCCGUCGCGACUUCCGGCGAUUUUUCCUGUUCGAGCAGCAACGCGCCGCGGCCAAGCCCUCACGCCGCGACAUCAGAUCCUUUGCCCCGCCGCGUGUUUCUCUCAACGGCGAGCAGCAGGUCCCUCGUCCACUCGCGAGCAUUGCGGCCCUCGUUCUAUCCAUUCACGUCGAGAAAUCCUUGUAAGCGAGCCCCUGUUCAAAUUUCAAAUUUCACCGAACCUCCUUUUCGAGCUGCAGCAGGCAGCCCGAACGUCAGCGGCACCCCGUCGGCCCUCGUUCGCAGCAGCCGUCCCUUCACAGCAGCGGCCAGAUUCCUUUUUCCGUCGAGCAGUGGCCUUUCGGGCGCGUGCGAGGAUAACAACGGGCAGCCUUUUGUCGUAAGGGUUAGCAGCGGUAAGCCGUCGAGCCCCCCGUUGUGCGCCGUCAACCCUCGUUCGACCCGACAUCGCGACCUGCUCCUCCGCGGGACGUCACUCUCAGCCCUCGACCUUCAGCGAGCUCCGUCAGGCGCAAACGGACGAGUUGUCCAUUCCGCGAGAUAG